CCCUUCCACCCCAUGGUGAACCUGCAGUGUUCGGAGGACCUGAGGAUGUUCCUGUGUGCUCUCUACGCUCCAGUCUGUAUGGAGUAUGGCCGGGUGUCCAUGCCCUGCCGAGCCCUGUGCCACCGCGCCAAGAGGGACUGCCACAAACUCAUGGAGAUGUUUGGGGUGGCCUGGCCAGACGAGAUAGAGUGUAGCAAGUAUGUAUGGGACUGUCCCUGGGUUGGCUUUACACAACACUGAGCACUUCACUGACCAUAAUGACUUAACCCAAACUCUGCCUUGAUUGACCACUAACCUGAGCCUAUCCUGAGCCUACUUUGUCCUAAACUUACCCUGAGCCUACUUUAACCUGAACUUACCCUGAGCCUACUUUAAACUGAAUUUACCCUGAGCCUACUUUAACCUUCACUUAGCCUGAGCCAACUUUAACCUUAACCUAGCCUGAGCUUACUUUAACCUGAAUUUACUCUGAGCCUAAUUUAACCUGAACUUACUCUUAAAUUGUUGGAGAAAUCUUAAACUGUCCAUAGCCCAGUAUCACCAUCAUCACAACCCUAAUCUUAUCUGAGCUCCAUGUAGAGCAUGAACCUUGAACCCUGACUGGUUCUCAACUCAAACAUCACAAUCCUUCUUACUAACCAAAGCCCAAACCACAACCUAAACUCAACCUUAACCACAUUAUAAAAAUAGUUCUCUCUCUCUUUCUCUCUCUCUGCCCCUCCUCCCCCCAGGUUCCCAGACUGUGACGAGCCCUACCCCCGUGCGGUGGACCUCCAGACCAGCGUGGAUCCCACCGACAUCUCUCCUAUGUCUGUCCAGAGGGACUUCGGCUUCUGGUGCCCCCGCGAGCUCAAAAUAGAGCCCGACCUGGGCUACUCAUUCCUGGGCGUGAGGGAGUGCUCACCCCCGUGCCCCAACAUGUACUUCCAACGCCCGGAGCUCACCUUCGUCCGCUACUUCAUCGGCGUGGUGUCCAUCGUCUGUCUCUCGGCGACACUCUUCACCUUCCUCACCUUCCUCAUCGACGUCACGAGGUUCCGCUACCCGGAGCGGCCAAUCAUUUUCUACGCCGUGUGCUACAUGAUGGUGUCGCUGGUGUUCUUCCUGGGCUUCCUAUUGGAGGACAGGGUGGCGUGCAACGCGGCAAGCCCGGCCCAGUACCGGGCGGCCACCAUCACACAGGGCUCCCACAACAAGGUGAGCCAUCCCCGCCCGUUGUCUUAGUGAUUGAUUGAUUAGCUGCUUUACUCUGUGACAUUCAGGGCCACUACUGUAUAUCAAAGAAGGUAGCAAUGAUAGGAUGUAAAGUGUGAGAUAUUUUCAAUGUUACCCCCUCCAGGCAUGCACGCUGCUGUUCAUGGUGCUCUACUUCUUCACUAUGGCGGGCAGCGUGUGGUGGGUCAUCCUCACCAUCACCUGGUUCCUGGCGGCCGUGCCCAAGUGGGGCAGCGAGGCCAUCGAGAAGAAGGCCCUUCUCUUUCAUGCCUGUGCCUGGGGCCUGCCCGGCUGCCUCACCGUGGCCCUGCUGGCCCUCAACAAGAUCGAGGGCGACGGCGUGAGUGGCGUGUGCUUUGUGGGCCUCUACGACGUCACGGCGCUGCGCUGGUUCCUGCUGGCGCCUCUCUGCCUCAACGUGGUGGUGAGUGUUCUAUGCUCUAGAAUGGAGAGCUGUUCAUUCUAAAGGCUUUUACACCUCUCUUCAAUUAACGAAUGAUCUUGCAUUGGGUAGUUAAUUCCCGACUCAGACCAACUGUUUGUGGCUGAUUCUACAUGUUAAAUCUGGACCAACUACGAUGGAGAAUGUCUAGCGGCGAACAACUGAGAUUACACAAGGGGCAGAUUCUUUCAACAACCGUCCAUAGACGGUUGGGCUGGCUGUUGGACAGAUGCGUAGAAGCCUUUAGAAUCUGACCUACGCAUCACUAACAUACAGUACCAGUCAAAAGUUUGGACACACCUACUCAUUCAAGGGUUUUUCUUUAUUGUAGAAUAAUAGUGAAGACUAUUAUUCAAAACGAUGAAAUAACACAUAUGGAAUGAUGUAGUAACCAAAAAAGUGUUAAACACAUCAAAAUAUAUUUGAGAUUCUUCAAAGUAGCCACCCUUUGCCUUGAUGACAGCUUUGCACACUCUUGGCAUUCUCUCAACCAGCUUCAUGAGGUAGUCACCUGGAAUGCAUUUCAAUUAACAGGUGUGUCUUGUUAAAAGUUAAUUUGUGGAAUUUCUUUCCUUCUUAAUGCGUUUGAGCCAAUCAGUUGUGUUGUGACAAGGUAGGGGGGGGGGGGGGGUAUACAGAACAUAGCCCUAUUUGGUAAAAUACCAAGUCCAUAGUAUGGCAAGAACAGCUCAAAUAAGCAAAGAGAAACAACAGUCCAUCAUUACUUUAAGACAUGAAGGUCAGUCAAUACGGAACAUUUCAAGAACUUUGAAAGUUUCUUCAAGUGCAGUCGCAAAAACCAUCAAGCGCUAUGAUGAAACUGGCUCUCAUGAGGACCGCCACAGGAAAGGAAGACCCAGAGUUACCUCUGCUGCAGAGGAUAAGUUCAUUAGAGUUAACUGUACCUCAGAUUGCAGCCCAAAUAAAUGCUUCACAGAGUUCAAGUGACACAUCUCCACAUAAACUGUUCAGAGGAGACUGCGUGAAUCAGGCCUUCACGGUCGAAUUGCUGCAAAGAAACCACUACUAAAUGACACCAAUAAUAAGAAGAUACUUGCUUGGGCCAAGAAACACGAGCAAUGGACAUUAGACCGGUGGAAAUCUGUCCUUUGAUCUGAUGAGUCCAAAUUUGAGAUUUUUGGUUCUAACCACCGUGUCUUUGUGAGACGCAGAGUAGGUGAACGGAUGAUCUCCGCAUGUGUGGUUCCCACCGUGAAGCAUGGAGGAGGAGGUGUGAUGGUGUGGUGGUGACACUGUCUGUGAUUUAUUUACAAUUCAAAGGCACACUUAACCAGCAUGGCUACCACAGCAUUCUGCAGCGAUACGCCAUCCCAUCUGGUUUGCGCUUAGUGGACUAUCAUUUGUUUUUCAACAGGACAAUGACCCAACACACCUGCAGGCUGUGUAAGGGCUAUUUGACCAAGAUGGAGUGCUGCAUCAGAUGACCUGGCCUCCACAAUCACCCGACCUCAACCCAAUUGAGAUGGUUUGGGAUGAGUCGGACCGCAGAGUGAAGAAAAAGCAGCCAACAAGUGCUCAGCAUAUGUGGGAACUCCUUCAAGACUGUUGGAAAAGCAUUCCAGGUGAAGCUGGUUGAGAGAAUACUGUACUCCUGAGUGGCGCAGUGGUCUAAGGCACUGCAUCGCAGUGCUAACUGUGCCACUAGAGAUCCUGGUUCGAAUCCAGGCUCUGUCGCAGCCGGCCGCGACCGGGAGACUCAUGGGCGGCGCACAAUUGGCCCAGCGUCGUCCAGGGUAGGGGAGGGAAUGGCCGGCAGGGAUGUAGCUCAGUUGAUAGAGCAUGGCGUUUGCAACGCCAGGGUUGUGGGUUCGAUUCCCACGGGGGCCAGUAUAAAAAAUAUAUAUAUAUAUAUAUUAUUAAUAAAUAUAUAAAAAAUUAUAAAUAUAAAACAAAAAUUGAAAAAAAAUACAAUAAAAUGUAUUCACUAACUGUAAGUCGCUCUGGAUAAGAGCGUCUGCUAAAUGACUAAAAUGUAAAAUGUAAAAAAAUUGAAUGCCAAGAGUGUGCAAAGCUGUCAUCAAGGCAAAGGGUGGCUACUUUGAAGAAUCUCAAAUCUCAAAUAUAUUUUGAUUUGUGUAACACUUUUUUGGUUACUACAUGAUUGCAUAUGUGUUAUUUCAUAGUUUUUAUGUCUUCACUAUUAUUCUACAAUGUAGAAAAUAGUAAAAAAUAAAGAAAAACCCUUGAAUGAGUAGGUGUGUCCAAACUUUUCACUGGUACUGUACAUGUGAUGGUCCCUUGAAUCAAUACAUUAUCAAUAUCUGAAGAUGGUCCCUUUGAAUCAAUACAUUAUCAAUAUCUGAAGAUGGUCCCUUUGAAUCAAUACAUUAUCAAUAUCUGAAAAUGGUCCCCUUGAAUCAAUACAUUAUCAAUAUCUGAAAAUGGUCCCCUUGAAUCAAUACAUUAUCAAUAUCUGAAGAUGGUUCCCUUGAAUCAAUACAUUAUCAAUAUCUGAAGAUGGUCCCUUUGAAUCAAUACAUGAUCAAUAUCUGAAGAUGGUCCCCUUGAAUCAAUACAUUAUCAAUAUCUGAAUAUGGUCCCCUUGAAUCAAUACAUAAUCAAUAUCUGAUGAUGGUCCCCUUGAAUCAAUACAUAAUCACUAUCUGAAGAUGGUUCCCGUGAAUCAAUACAUAAUCAAUAUCUGAAGAUGGCCCCCUUGUUCUCUAAUUCCUAUAUAUCUGCCUGUAGGUGGGUGUGUCUCUGCUUCUGACGGGGAUUGUGGCUCUGAACCGUGUGCGUAUGGAGAUCCCUCUGGAGAAGGAGAACCAGGACAAGCUGGUGAAGUUUAUGAUCCGUAUCGGGGUGUUCUCUGUGCUCUACCUGGUGCCCCUGCUCACGGUAAUCUCCUGCUACCUGUAUGAACACAGCUACAGGACUCUCUGGGAGACCACCUGG